AUGUUUGGCGCCAGCGGACAAACGCCCAAGACUGGAUACUAACAAAACGGGGUUCCUGAAUAUAAAUGUAAGUAUCGGAGUGACAGUUGUUUCACUAAUUUUACUUUUUUUUGCUAAACGAAUACAUUGCUUUUGAUACGAGCCAUGGCAGUUAGCAGACUAACUGUAUCUACUUUCUAGCGUUUAACGGUAGCGGGCUAUUUAGCUAGCUAGCUUAAGAUAGCUCAUUUAAGUAAAGCUAACUGUUGUGACGGACUUGUUUGCAUGCAACACACAAGACGGGACAGCGUUAUGUCAUCUCGGUUAGAAUUGACAAUUAAACGCUGAUAACUGUUUAAUGUUGUUAUAAUGUUUAACUGUUUAUUCCUACCAUUUAUAAUAGAUAUAUAUCAAUACACUGAUUAUUCCUACCAUUUAUAAUAGAGAGAUAUCUAUACACUCUAAAUACACUCUGAGGUGUGCCUAAAGUUGGGUGAGCCUCAUUGAGUUCAUCAAAACUGUUAAAGUUUUAAACAGGAAUGUCUUGAUCUGUUUUUUUUUUCUACAUUAGACAACUACAUACUUAGUCUAAAUGUUCAUAUUAAAGUAAGUAAGCAUUUAAAAAAUGUUUGAUAGUUCUGUAUUAAGAAAGUAUGAAGUCACUGUUCCCUGUAAUGUCUUGUUUACUUCCUUUAGUGGUGACAUAAUCUAUGGAGAAAUAAAUGUCAAUCUGAUGGGACACUUUGGACUAAAACUAAUCCAGUCUAAUUCAAUAACACAGCAAAUAAAUCUUACUUUGAUAAAUGUUAUACUGUUCAGAUUUUGCUGAAGCUGUUUUAGAGAGGUGGUGAUUCAACUUUUGAACUUGGAGGCUAUUAUUAUGGUCCUGUUGAGUUAUGUUCUGUUUUACUCACUGAGUGGUGUUUUCUUCUAAUAUUUAGUCUAAUCGAGAGCAAAUGUGCUCUGAGGUAUCCUUAAUUUUAUCUGCUACUGGUUAUUUUGUGUGGUUUGUGUUUUUCUCACUAUGUUGCAUGUUAGGAAAUUAUUCCAGCGUCUUAAUAGAGUUCAGUAUGGUGUUUAUAACAAUUGGAUUACCUGAAACCAACAAAAAGAGCAGAUGUGGCUGGGGCUCUACAUAGCUGUGAUCAUAGAUUUGCGAGUGUCUGGAUUAUCCCUGAAUAUGCUGUGCUUUACAUGCUCUCACUCUCUUUGUAUUGGUCUUCACCUCAUCCUCCACAAUCCACAUUGUGCUGCUUUGUGACUGAAUAACACAGAGCGCUGAACCAACAUGUUAAACGGUGGCCAGUUUGUGGAGGCCUUGGGCCGUCUAGGUUAUCCCGGUGCGUCAUCACUGAAGGCCUCCGACUUCGACUGGCUGUUUGACUGCGCCCCGGAGAACCUUCACUUCUUGCGCUUUGUCUGUCGGACCCUCAACCAGAGCAACGUCCUUACCGUGGAGGAGGCACGUGCCUUUCGGGAGCUACGGAAGUCCGGCAAGCCGUGUCUGGACGAAGCGGCCUUGGGCGAGGUCCUUAAAACCAUUGGACCUUCGGAUGGGAGCGGUGCAAACAUCUUGGGGCCCUCUGCUUCAUCUUCAUCCUCCGUGUUUGCGGCCGAGGGGGAUGUGGCCGUAGAGGACUUGGAGGCGGAGCUCCAGGCACUGCGAAAAGAAAAAGACCUGAAGCAACGGCGGUAUAACCGGUUGCAGGUUGCGGCCACCUCCCGUGCAGAUGUUGACCUCCGACUUACUGCGGAGCUGGAGAGCGCUUCAUGUAAGCUAAAGGAGGCCAGUGCUUCCAUUGCAGCUGAGAAUGCUGACACAAACGCUCUCUUUCAAAACCUAAUGGAUGAGGUGAGAACGCUUGCUUCAUAUCUCCCCGUUCAGCCAGACCCUGUGACCUCAUUAAACCCUUCUAUCCCCAAAAGCCCCGCUGUCCUCCUCUCUCAGCUGCCCUUGGAUCCCUACCUGCACCAGGAGGAGCUCAACACUAAAACACUGGCUGUCUUCACCCAAAAGCAUUUCUUCCAGGACAUCUCUGACAUUGUUGAGACUUCUUGCUCCGAUCGCUUCCAGCUCCUCGACCUCAGUUCUUGUGAAGAGGGAGAGGACGAAGAGAUUAAACACGAGGGGAAAGGUAGCAAGGCGCAAAUGGUGGAUGGCAGGAGGACAGAGAUGGCCAGACUUCAGUGGUCACAUAUUGUGGCCCAGCACCAACUGAUGCAGGCCAUGGCAGAGGAGAAGAGCGUCAUGGCUGGACUGGAUUGGCUCUCUGAGAAGUCCUCCCAUACCAAGAGCAUCUCCAUGUCCUCCUCGCUGCAUGUCCGUGAGGCCGUGUCCAGGAAGGAGCUGCAGGCGGUGGAGGCUGAGCUGGAGGCUCUGCUGCAUGGACCAGUACCUGCUGCUCUGAGAGAGUCAGCCAGGCUGCUCAAUGUGCCGGUAGUGAGGGGAGACCUGGAUCUGCAACUAGCCAGGCAGGACUACUACACCUCCAGACAGGAUCGGAUUAGAGACCACCUACUCCGCCAAAAGGCGUCCUUUGACCUGGUGCGCCUGGGUCAGGAGAUGGAGUUGAGGAGGUGGAGGAAGUGUCUUCAGCAGUUGGGAGACGUAAAUAGCAGACUUGUAAAGGAUGGUGAAGCGGCAACCCUCAGAAUGGAGUCCCUGGCACACCCGGACCUGGCUAUCAACCUCAGGCCUAACCCUAUCAUCAGCUGCAAGGAUGCAGCCUUCAGCCGGCUGCUCCAGAUCCUCAACCACGACUCAGACCACGGCCGGUCGGAGCCUUUCCGGACAUAUGAAGCGUUGAACCACGCCGCUCGCGACCUCGCGGGCAACCUCCAGGUGACCCGAGACGCUCUCGCUGGUGCCGGCCGCCAGCAGGACUACACGGCCGCUCGUCUUUACGGCGACUGUGAGGCGCUCCAUGGGGUGACGUACACAGAGCUCCAGCAGCUGAUCUUAGGGCCGCAGGAGCUGACGGUGAAGCUGGUGGAAGCAGAGUCUCAGCUGCAGAGUUUGCAGCACGUAAUGCAAGAAAUCAUGGCGGAGGUUAAAGUCAAGCGUUCUCAGCUGGAGCGCAACGCCCUCCUCAGGCGGGAGAGGGAGUUGUACGUCUACUUCCACUUGGAUGCCCGGCUGCUGAAGAAAGUAGUGGAAGAUCUGGAGGGCAAAAUGGCUGCGAAGAGAGGGCAACAGUGAAGCCUGCCAGAAGGAACGAGGAGCGCUUAUAGAUGGCUCAACUACAGUUUCUGUGCUAAGGGAGUCCACCUGUGUUCUAAAGCUUGAGGAUAUCUGAUAAGUACACUGUGCUGUAAGGAGGUUUACUGAGUAAGCCUGGCCCUGGUACAGUUUGUACAAGUCUGAACUUCCUCAAAAUCUGCUUCUUCACCUGGUUUGUGCAAGAGACGGAGAUCAAUCCCUUGAGUCUUCAUUUUUGGGAUAAAA